CACCACCAACACCUUCUCCUUCUUCUUGUUCAAUUAACUUCUACUUCUAAAAUAUGAACCACCACCAUUUUGUUACUUCUCUCAAAACCCUAACCCCACACAUCACAUGCAUGGCGGUGCACCGUAACCUACUCUAUGCCGCAUCCCUAAACCUCAUCAACGUCUUCGACUUCUCUCACUACUACAGCCACGUCGACGCCUUCAACGACACCAACCCGUCCUCCGGUUUCGUCAAAUCCAUAACCUUCACCGCCACAAAAGUCUUCACCGCACACCAAGAUCGAAAGAUUCGAAUCUGGUUCAUCACCUCCUCAAAACGACACCGUUUCCUGUCUUCCCUUCCAACCGUUAAAGACUGCAUUCGCCGCUGCAUCGUUCCGAGAAACUACGUCAGCGUCCGACGCCACCGUAGGAGCCUCUGGAUCCAGCAUUGCGACACCGUUUCGGGCUUGGCACUGAACAAAGGCCUCAUGUAUUCGGUUUCUUGGGACAAGAGCCUCAAGGUUUGGGACUUAAACGGUUACCGGUGUUUGGAGUCCGUUAAGGCGGCGCAUGAGGACGCUAUUAACGCCGUCGUGGUUGCAACUGACGGAACCGUUUACACGGCUUCGGCGGAUGGGUGCAUUAAGGUUUGGGAGAGGGAUGAUAAGGUGAAACGCCACGUGCUCGUGAGCACCGUGGGGAAGAAGAGAUCGGCGGUUAAUGCGCUUGCAUUAUCGGACGGUGGGGAUUUGUUUUCCGGGGGAUGCGAUGGCGGGAUCUGUAGGUGGGAGAGGAAGUGUAGUGCAAACAAGGGAAACGACGUCGUUUUGGUGGAGAGGUUGAGGGGUCACGGUGGGGCCAUUUUGUGUAUGAUCAGCGUAUGUGGUUUGUUGGUAAGUGGGUCAUCGGAUCGGACGGUCAGGAUUUGGCAGAGGGAAAAGGAGAAUAGUGGGUUCUGUUGCAGGCUUGUUUUGGAAGGGCACGAGAAACCGGUGAAGUCGUUGGUUGCGUUCUCGAAGGGUGAAGAAGGUGAUGAUGAGUCAAACGGUGUCGUUACGAUCUUAAGUGGAAGCCUUGAUGGGGAUAUUAGGGUGUGGGAGGUGUUUGGUUUGGCUUGAAUAUAAUUUCAUUGACUUCUAUAAGUUCUAACUACGAAGGCCUGAUUUCCUUUCAACAUUUUAUGUGAGGAAUUUAUCUUGGCAUACAAAUAUAUAAGAAUCACAUAAAUAUAUGAGAGACAUAGUCAGACCGAAUCUUAGUAAUUAAGUGGUAAAAGAUGUAAUAUAUAAAACACAAUUUUCAGCUACUUGAAAAAUGACAUUAUUUACCAGUUUGAAUCAUUGUCCUAGUUGCCUAGGUUGAAAGUAAACUUGAAAAUUAUAUAUGGUAAUAAUCCUGUCGUGAAUUUACGCACCCGUAUAAGUUGAGUGAUUGUAUUGUUAGUUUGUUACUUUCUUACAAGCUAGUAGCUAAUGAUAUUGUACACAGAAA